AUGAAGCGGUUCAAUGUUAGUUAUGUGGAGGUGCUGAAGGAUGGUGAGGUCUGUUCGAGUUACUUCCAGGAUGCGGUCGCCGGGAAGGACACGGCGUCCUACGGGGCUAUUGGUGGGUCCACUGAUGGUGCUGGAGCUGGUGCUGGUUCAACGAGCGAUUCCCAGCUUCCGUUUAGCAAGCUGAUACGAGAGAUGAUCGUUCCGAAAGUCGUCAACGUCCACGGGAACAAAGUGACGAAAGUGUCUAUGAACUUGCUAGAUGGGUUUGACUCCUACUACACCACGGCUCCAGAGGGGGUUCUCAUUGUCUGCUUUACGAAGACGGAUAUCCCAAAGAUUCUCCCCAUCAGGGUGCUCAGCCAGCUGAAACAGUUGCCCUUUGACGAGAUAGAGUCGAACAUGGAGUUAAGAGUGCACAUUGGGGAGAUCCUCGACAAGUUCCACGAAGAGCUGCUCAAUUACAGGAACGAGCACAUGCUGCAUCCGUCGGAGGGGGACCCCUUGCAAAGCACGGACGACGAAAUCCAAGACGUUAUCCAGAUCAUGAACGACAACAUCGACAAGUUCCUCGAGAGACAGGAGAGAGUGUCCCUGCUUGUAGACAAGACGCAGCAACUCAACACAACAAGCCACAGCUUCAAGAGAAAGGCUACCAGGAUAAAGGACAGGAUGUGGUGGCAAAGAAUGAAGAACGCUACGCUGCUCAUCUUCGCCAUCAUCCUAUGUGUCAGCGCGCUCUUCAUAUUCAUCUACAUCGUGUGA